GUGAGUUGCGAACGAGAGACGCUGAGUUUGCACAAUCAGUUUGCCGUCUGCUGCGGUCAAUCUUUGCAGAUCCGGUUUUUAUUACACGCUUUCGUACUUUCCCUCUUUUCAUUUAAUCUCCAUUUAUUACGUUCAAACCGUAUCUAGUUGCGUCGAGUUGUGAGGAGUGAGACAAACGUUGUGCACGUGCAUUUGCAAAAGUGCGUAUUUGUGAAAGGUUGGAAAUCUCGCGCGAGACUCCGGUUUCUCUGAAAUGUUGUUAGGAUUCAUACAACGGCAGUGCAAGUGCAAAGUGCGAAUUGAAGUUGUUUCUUAACUUUCUGCGUCCAAAAACGCUUUACUGUCAUUUUAAAGAAGAGUCUUCGCUUUCUCAGUUUUCUCUGCUUUCUCUCACAGACUUGUAAACAACUUGCUCGAUUUUGUUCUUUGCACCUGAAUUUUGACCAAAACUGCUAUAUUACCGUGUCUUUUUGUUUUAACAUCAAAAUAAAAUUAUACUGCGAAAGUUCCAAUUUCACGAGAAUAAAACGCAUGAUGUCCACCGCCAAUGAAUUAAUAAAAGAUUUGCCAAAGGGACCGCUGGAUGCUUAUAGAAAACGAGCGACGUUCAACUGGAAGUCGUUCAAAUUAAAUUUAGAGGGAGAAAAUCGUGUACAGUAUCAGAAUAAAUUAUGGCAACUUAUCGAGAGUCAUCCAGCAUUUCAAAAGCCAACGAGACCGAUGAGUUUGGAUGAAAAUCGAAAACGUUGCAACCGUCAAUUACGAGUACUUCGCGAGAAUGGAAUCGAUCCAAUUGGAGAUCUUGACUCUCACCUUUAUAUUUUUCAAUACGAUGGGUCCCUAGUGAUAAAAUCGAGUAUCUCAUAUGCUAUGGUACCAAGUACCAUAACGUCACUGGGUACCAGCCAACACCAACAACUUAUAACAGAAUUUAGCAAUGGAAAUUACAUUGGUUGCUUUGCGCUGACCGAAAUUUCUCAUGGAACCAAUGCAAAAGGCAUGCGGACUAGAGCAACGUAUGAUAUAGCAACGAAAAGUUUUAUCUUUCACUCACCCGAUUUUGAAGCUGCAAAAUGUUGGGCAGGUACUUUAGGAAAAUGCGCAACGCAUGCCCUUUUAUUUGCUCAGCUAAUUACACCGGACGGAGUAAACCAUGGGUUGCAUAUUUUUAUCGUGCCAAUUCGCGAUCCGAAAACUCAUCUACCCUUUCCCGGUGUCACCGUUGGUGACAUGGGUGAAAAAAUAGCCCUUAAUGGAAUAGACAAUGGGUUCCUAAUGUUUAAUAAUUACUCAGUACCGCGUAGCUGCCUAUUAAAUCGCACCGCGGAUGUCAGCGAGGAUGGAAAGUAUAUCCUCGCUAUAAGGGAUGAACGAAAAAGAUACGGCUCGUCAUUAGGUGCACUCUCAGGAGGCCGUGUUUUUAUUACUGGAGUAUGUGCGCAAUACAUGUCGAUUGCACUAACGAUUGCUAUACGUUACUGCGCAGUUAGAAGACAGUUUGGUCCUACCGAGGAUAACGAAUUACCAGUUAUAGAAUAUCAAACGCAACAAUGGCGAAUCAUUCCUCAUUUAGCUGAAACAUACGCGGUAAAAAUAUUUUCAAUGGCGUUGUACAAAGGUCUGUAUGACCUUAAUAUGAAUCGCAUUGUGGACGCAAAUAAUGAUUUAACUGAGGAUCUCGGAAUGGAAAUACACGCGUUAUCUUCUGCAACAAAAGCAUUGUGCGCGUGGAUUGCCCGUGACGCGAUUCAGGAUAGUAGAGAAUCUUGCGGUGGGCAUGGGUACUUAAAAAUGUCUCGUUUGGGUGACAUAAGAGGUGAAAACGAUGCAAAUUGCACAUAUGAAGGCGAAAAUAAUGUACUUAUCCAGCAAGCAAGUAAUUGGUUGUUAAAUCAAUGGGCUAAUGUGAUUAAAGGGCAAUCUGUGCCGUCUCCACUUAAUUCCGCGGAUUUUCUUGUAAAUGCGGAACAAAUACUUAGCAGCAAAUUUAAUCAAACUACAGUGGAUGGUGUAUUGAAACCUGAAAACUUGCUCCUAAUUUUUAAAUGGUUGGUUUGUUAUUAUUUGAAGAAGACAUAUCAACGUAUGAUGGAUCUUCAAUCAAGCGGAAUGUCUGAUUUUGAUGUAAAAAAUAAUAUUCAAACGUUUUUAGCGCGAACUUUGUCCCUCUUAUAUGCAGAGCAUGCAGUAAUGUUAUACUUUAUCAGAUGUGUACAAGAUCCAAAAUGGAAAACAAACGAAAGAGAGGUACUGACAAAAUUGUGUUCUUUAUUCGGAGCGGUAACAUUGGAGAAGAGAUUGGGAGAUUUAUAUGGUGGUGGUUAUGCCUCUCCUAACAGUAACAUAGAUAGUCUUUUGCGGGAAGGAAUUAUAAUACUAUGCAGAGACUUAGUCGACAAUGUUGUUCCGUUAGUUGACGUACUGGCACCGCCAGACUUUGUUCUUAAUUCUGCUUUAGGAAUGUCCGAUGGCGAGAUAUACAAACACAUGAAGGAAUGGAUAUUUCAAGACAAACAGAACUUGGAGCGUCCAUCAUGGUGGAAAGAAAUCCGAUCUAAAUUGUAA